CCCGUGUUCAUAGAGCUGCCGGUGCUGGCGAGGAACAUUCACAUUCUGUUGGAGAGCCACGGUGGCAUACUGCCCUUAUUGAGUUUGGUAGAGUGCUACGAGGCGAUGUUCCCGGCGCUGGUGUGCGAGCCGCGUGCGGGCGUGGCGCUGGAGCUGUUGCUGUUGAGCGUGCCUGGCGUCGAACUGAAGGAGACGCCGUCGCGCCACCUGGCCUGGGCCGCGCCCACCGCGCGCGCCGACACGCCGCCCUCCCUCUGCAACAGAAGCGAUACGUCUCGUGGCAGUGUGGGCAGUGUGGGCAGUGUGGGCGCGCGCACGGCGCCCGCGCUCGAGCCCACGCUCUCGCUGUUCGAGCGCGACCUCGUAGACCUGCUGCGCACCGCGCCGCGCUGCACCAUACCCUUCAGCAAAUUGAUCCCGUCUUACCAUCAUCACUUCGGACGGCAAUGUCGCGUUGCAGACUACGGCUUCACAAAGCUUCCCGAACUGCUCGCCUCCCUCAGCAACACCAUUGUG